AUGGAUUUAGCUCGGGAAGUUUUCAUCGAGGUCGGUCACAUGUUGAAGAAACGUCGUCAGGCUGACCUAUUGCAUGAUUUUGGCUGUUAUCUAACGGACGAGUUGCGCGAGGAUGAUGAUCCCACUUAUUCAGAUCCCAACCUUCGACGAAAAUUGGCCGAAAAUCGACAUUUGGGCGAAGCCAAAUUGAAUUCUGUCUUUGACAAAUUUGUACAACUGCAACAAUGUGAGCAACCCGGGCUGAAUGAAACGAUGCAAAACGACAAGUCCAUGAAGCGGUGUAGUUCCGAUACCAGUGGUUCAGACCACAUUACAAAGCGAUCCCGAGUGGAUUCGGAUAGUGCCUCGGAUUCCGAGUCUGGCAAAUCAUCCGAUUAUGAGGUAGUGUCCCUCAGUUCUGAUUCGGACGAACCGAAUCAAACCGAAUCAACUCCUCAGGUGAACGAGCCACAAUCAAGUCCUGUGUCAUCCACUGCCAGUGACUCGACUGGCGAAUCGUGCACCAUCGUUCCCGAUCAUCAGUUAGUUUCACAUCAAUCGAAUCCAUCUCCAAUUGACAGAACAGGUGCAAUCUCAGGUGUCGACCUCGCAGAACCGGUCAUCCAUUUGAGUGAUGAUGACGAUGAUGUACAUAUUAGCCCCGACAGUUGCGCUAUUGUUCCAGUUUCUGCUCCUUCACCAAAUCCUAUUCCUCGUAAAAGUCCGAUUAUCCUCACAAGCGUCCUCAAUGAUCUCCCACGUUUCCGUCCAUUCAGACCGGGAUUCCAGCCACGUAUUGCUAAUGUUUAUCCGGUUGUACAAGAGACGCGCUCUCUCACAGUGACACAGCGGUGCAACGUCGGUCCGAGUGGAGUUCAGACUGCCGUUUAUCGGCAAGAGGCCAUGACAUCGCGUUUCAUGUGUCCAUCUUUUGCCAAUCCGUCUGGUAAUAGUCUCCUAUCCUCAACAGUAUGCAUAUCAUCCACUCGUAGUCUUUCAGCGGAACCUCCAUUCCGCCCCGGGAUGUUUUAUCCAUUCACUCGGCCGACACAAUCGUAUCAGCAUAGAACUACCACGAGCAUCGUCACCACUGACACCAAUAACACCGGCAACUCGAAUAGGAGAAACAGCAAUAUGACAUCUUCGCAGGUUGAUUGUUCCGAUCCAAUUGUCCUAGACUAA